AUGGUAUCCAAAAUACAAGUGCCAAUAGGCAGGCCGGAGAACACCGAGAGGCGCCGCCUUGCCCUGCGGCGCCGCGUCUUGCCGGCGGGAGGCGGGCCGUGCGCCGCAGCCAAUGGCAGCCCGCGGCCAGCGACAUUGAGAGGCAGAACGACACCCCGCGUCGCGCCGGACUUGGCGCCCAAAGCCAGGGCUUGGAGGCGGGGUGAUGGGGCACUCAGCAGCGCCAGUAACCAAUCAGACUAUAAAGCCCGCCCAUCGCGGAUUCUUAUUGGCUACAGCGCCAGAACUGAUUUUAGCAACAACCAAUCGGACGCUGCGAAAGGGUGGCGGUUUGAAUUGCGGCGGGAGGGGUCGGCCGCGGUGUACAGAGUGGAAGGUGGCUGGCGGUGCAAACGGCUUUUCUUUAUGGAGUUUGAUCCCAAGAUACAGAAGAGGAUGCGGCGCAGCAGCAAACGUUUCAAUGCAUGCCUGAACCGCAUCUUGGAAGAGUAUACUGAUCCCUUCAGGGAUGACGUAGAGAUUCCCUUGAGCUCUUUGACGUACGAUACACCACGGGGACCUAGAAGUUGGGAGGAUAUGACAAGAAGAGGAGCUAUGAUCUGGAAGGAAGCAUUUAUGCGUACUAGACAACAGCAAAGGAGAAGAGAGAGGCAGAGCCAUGAUCUUGGAGAUGAGAACUCACCGGCACGCCAGGAAUCUUCUGAGAACACUGGUGCAGUAACAUCUGAUACAGGUGAAAGAGGUGCUGAUGUAGCCUCCGUAGGAAGAAACUUUGAAGGAAUUAAUCUCAAGGUACCAACUCCAAGUUCGUCAAAAAGUCGUCGUUCAACUUUGCCAGGGCAAGAACUACUUGGUGAAAGAGGUGCUGAUGUAGCCUCCGUAGGAAGAAACUUUGAAGGAAUUAAUCUCAAGGUACCAACUCCAAGUUCGUCAAAAAGUCGUCGUUCAACUUUGCCAGGGCAAGAACUACUUGGUGAAGAAGGUGGUGAUGUAGCCUCCGUAGGAAGAAAAUUUGAAGGAAUUCAUCUCAAGGUACCAACUCCAAGUUCGUCAAAAAGUCGUCGUUCAACUUUGCCAGGGCAAGAACUACUUGGUGAAGAAGGUGGUGAUGUAGCCUCCGUAGGAAGAAAAUUUGAAGGAAUUCAUCUCAAGAAUCUGAAUGUAGAUGAUGGACAAAACCUGAAGAAAAAAAGAGUUCCAGUGGAUGUGAUAUUACAAGGUGAUGAGAGAAAUAUUCCCAAAUGGAUAACGAUACCAACAAGUUCGUCAAAAAGUCGUCGUUCAACUUUGCCAGGGCAAGAACUACUUGGACCUAAACGACAGGACCGUACGUCAAGGAAAGAUGCUAAAACCUGCAAGAAAGGAUUUACGCGUACUAGACAACAGCAAAGGAGAAGAGAGAAGCAGAGCCAUGAUCUUGGAGAUGAGAACUCACCGGCACGCCAGGAAUCUUCUGAGAACUCUGGUGCAGAUACAUCUGAUACAGGUGAAGAAGGUGGUGAUGUAGCCUCCGUAGGAAGAAAAUUUGAAGGAAUUCAUCUCAAGAAUCUGAAUGUAGAUGAUGGACAAAACCUGAAGAAAAAAAGAGUUCCAGUGGAUGUGAUAUUACAAGGUGAUGAGAGAAAUAUUCCCAAAUGGAUAACGAUACCAACAAGUUCGUCAAAAAGUCGUCGUUCAACUUUGCCGGGGCAAGAACUACUUGGACCUAAACGACAGGACCGUACGUCAAGGAAAGAUGCUAAAACCUGCAAGAAAGGAUUUACGCGUACUAGACAACAGCAAAGGAGAAGAGAGAAGCAGAGCCAUGAUCUUGGAGAUGAGAACUCACCGGCACGCCAGGAAUCUUCUGAGAACUCUGGUGCAGAUACAUCUGAUACAGGUGAAGAAGGUGGUGAUGUAGCCUCCGUAGGAAGAAAAUUUGAAGGAAUUCAUCUCAAGAAUCUGAAUGUAGAUGAUGGACAAAACCUGAAGAAAAAAAGAGUUCCAGUGGAUGUGAUAUUACAAGGUGAUGAGAGAAAUAUUCCCAAAUGGAUAACGAUACCAACAAGUUCGUCAAAAAGUCGUCGUUCAACUUUGCCGGGGCAAGAACUACUUGGACCUAAACGACAGAACCGUACGUCAAGGAAAGAUGCUAAAACCUGCAAGAAAGGAUUUACGCGUACUAGACAACAGCAAAGGAGAAGAGAGAAGCAGAGCCAUGAUCUUGGAGAUGAGAACUCACCGGCACGCCAGGAAUCUUCUGAGAACUCUGGUGCAGAUACAUCUGAUACAGGUGAAGAAGGUGGUGAUGUAGCCUCCGUAGGAAGAAAAUUUGAAGGAAUUCAUCUCAAGAUACCAACAAGUUCGUCAAAAAGUCGUCGUUCAACUUUGCCGGGGCAAGAACUACUUGGUGAAGAAGGUGGUGAUGUAGCCUCCGUAGGAAGAAAAUUUGAAGGAAUUCAUCUCAAGAAUCUGAAUGUAGAUGAUGGACAAAACCUGAAGAAAAAAAGAGUUCCAGUGGAUGUGAUAUUACAAGGUGAUGAGAGAAAUAUUCCCAAAUGGAUAACGAUACCAACUCCAAGUUCGUCAAACAGUCACCAUUCAACUUUGCCAGAGCAAGAACUGCGCGGCAAUCGAGCUGGUGUUUGCAGAAAGAAGCUAGAGUUUUCAAAUGAAUGUUCUUCAUCCAAAUAUCCACAGUUACAACAUUCUGCUGUUCCCCUUCCAUCAAAAACAGUAGCCUCACCCAGGCAUCGACCUUGUCCGGAAGUGAACAUGACUUCAUGUGAUAGUAUCCUUGGAGGAUACCAGUCUGCAGAUGAGGGAUGCUCCUUCAGCAGUACAGAUCUUUCAGCCUUAUAUCCAGCAAUGGUAGCGAUACUUGCAGAGCUUAUGACAAAGCAUUCUCAGAGAAAAGUGUUGAAGUACAUGUUUGGACACUUAAGGUCCAAGAGACGGCAUUCUAGAAGACCAAAGCUCAAUGUUACUGUAGACAAAAUGAGAGAGUCCGGGUCUUGUAAACGGAAACCAAAGAAGGCAUCCCACAGCAUGUGUAGCCGUAGAAGUGAAGACAACCAAAAUCCAACUUUCGGAAAUGAGAGAAGAGAAUUCUCUUCUGACAGUUGUCCCAUUAGUAAUUCAUCUGCUCUGGGGUCUUAUGCUUGUGCUGAUACAAAUGAAACCAAAAUGCACUACUCUGACUCAAGUUUAGAACAACAUUUGGCAUCUGGAAAAAGUCAAGAAGUCUGCAAACAUACUGCUUUUCCUGAUGUUAUGGAUAGAAUGGAAGAGACAUUUCUAGUUGAAGAUAAAUUACAGACUAUUGCCUCACCAAAGAAUUCAGAAUACAUAGAAGGUGAAAAAUUUACUUACAAACUUUUCUCAGAACCCAGUUUUAGAACAUCUGCUGCCAGUUCAGAUUCAAGAGCGUUUCAUCUUGUAAAAGAGAGUAAGACUCAGAAAGCAGACUUUUGUGUUGGUACCUCGGAGUUGUGUUCAUGUGCUUGCAGUUCCCAUGGCAAUAGAGACAAUUCUGUAUCUACCAUAAAUUUUUCUCCUGCAAGAUCAACAAAUACUUCGUUCAUAUGGCCUCAAAAAAUAACUUCUUCCCAGCACAAAGAGUCAUUUUCCUCCUGGAAGCAGAAUUCUUCAAAGAGGGACGAAGAAAUAGAUGCUGCAUUUGACAAACUCUGCUACAGAGUGAUUUCUGGGGAAUACUUUAAGCCUUCGACAUCGACAAGACCUCUUUUAAACUCACAGAGCCAUGAAGAGAAAGGAACAUUAGUGAGGAGUAAUCUAAGUGAUUCUGAGAGGUCCCUUAAACAGCGUGAUACGGAAUUGGAGAAACUGUGUGGGAAGUCUGUUCCAAAAUUUCCUGGGCUUCAGAGAGCUUCAAAUUUCAGGAAAUAUGAAGAAAUACAGAUGCCUGAAACUGUAAAUGCUCUUGUUAAUUCUCCUGUUAGAACUUAUUCUGCAAUUUCCAGUGCUAAAAGAGCAGGAAAUUUUCAAAACCAUCCUCUUUGUUCACCAGUAAAGCGACUGAAAUUUAAACCGGAAUAUUGUUCUUCUUCAAGCAAAUGUCAGGAGAUUUCCCACAGUAAAGAGGGUAAUCUUCAGACAAGUGGCAUGGAUUUUUUGAGCACAUACAACUGUAGCCAGCCCAGCGUUUUUGCUGAUCGCAACUUUCAUUGUCAGGGCUUUGGAUCUCAUGAUUCUUCACAACAAAGUUCUCUUGGUAUCUCUGGCACUUCCCUGCAAGAAUCUGGGACUGCAGGUGCACACUCUGGUUGGCCUGGGGCAAUGGAGAAUCGCAGCUCUCUCAGAAGUGGGAGCGAGCGUCACUCAAGAGUAUACAGAAAACUAAGCUACACUGAUGGGAAAGACCAGUUGUAGGAAUGCCUUGGAUGACUCUCUGGUUAAAGCUCACCAAGAAGCAUUAAUGCACUGUUACAGUUAAAAAAGUUUUAUAUAGGUUGGGUUUUAUUCAAUGUUGUUUCUUCCAAGAAUCAAGGAUGUAUAAUUAUAUGUAAGCAAUACACAAAUAGUUCUGAUUUAUACUUCAUUGUAGUUCAAAUCUUUGGGAAAAGGUUCGUCCCUUUUAACAGGGCACUUCGUACUCAAUUGAUGGCUAAGUUGGAUUUUUAUAUUUGACGGUAUUUGUAAUAACAGUGUGGUUUGUAUUCUUUUUAUUUGCUGAUAAGCUUUGAUUCUCACUGUAUUAACAAUAAGGCAUAACCUAAAUGGCUGCCUAUCCAUUCUUUUUGAAUGCAUAAGUACAGACCCAAAAAUCAUUGCUAUAUACUAGGACUUGAGUCGGCUAUGCAAUGUCAGUGUUAAAAUUUUCCAGAGUUCAUUGUUCAAUAAAAUUUUAUACUGUUUAAUAGGUUUAUAUUUGACGAUAUUUGUCACAACAGUGUGAUCUCUAUUCUUUUUAUUUGCUGAUAAGCUUUGAUUCUCACUGUAUUAACAAAAAGGCAUAACCUAAAUGGCUGCCUAUCCAUUCUUUUUGAAUGCAUAAGUACAGACCCAAAAAUCAUUGCUAUAUACUAGGACUUGAGUCUGCUAUGCAAUGUCAAUGUUAAAAUUUUCCAGAGUUCAUUGUUCAGUAAAAUUUUAUACUGUUUAAUAGGUUUAUAUUUGACGAUAUUUGUCACAACAGUGUGACCUCUAUUCUUUUUAAUUGCUGAUAAGCUUUGAUUCUCACUGUAUUAACAAUAAGGCAUAACCUAAAUGGCUGCCUAUCCAUUCUUUUUGAAUGCAUAAGUACAGACCCAAAAAUCAUUGCUAUAUACUAGGACUUGAGUCUGCUAUGCAAUGUCAAUGUUAAAAUUUUCCAGAGUUCAUUGUUCAAUAAAAUUUUAUACUGUUUAAUAGGUUUAUAUUUGACGAUAUUUGUCACAACAGUGUGAUCUCUAUUCUUUUUAUUUGCUGAUAAGCUUUGAUUCUCACUGUAUUAACAAUAAGGCAUAACCUAAAUGGCUGCCUAUCCAUUCUUUUUGAAUGCAUAAGUACAGACCCAAAAAUCAUUGCUAUAUACUAGGACUUGAGUCUGCUAUGCAAUGUCAAUGUUAAAAUUUUCCAGAGUUCAUUGUUCAGUAAAAUUUUAUACUGUUUAAUAGUUUUAUAUUUGACGAUAUUUGUCACAACAGUGUGACCUCUAUUCUUUUUAAUUGCUGAUAAGCUUUGAUUCUCACUGUAUUAACAAUAAGGCAUAACCUAAAUGGCUGCCUAUCCAUUCUUUUUGAAUGCAUAAGUACAGACCCAAAAAUCAUUGCUAUAUACUAGGACUUGAGUCUGCUAUGCAAUGUCAAUGUUAAAAUUUUCCAGAGUUCAUUGUUCAAUAAAAUUUUAUACUGUUUAAUAGGUUUAUAUUUGACGAUAUUUGUCACAACAGUGUGAUCUCUAUUCUUUUUAAUUGCUGAUAAGCUUUGAUUCUCACUGUAUUAACAAUAAGGCAUAACCUAAAUGGCUGCCUAUCCAUUCUUUUUGAAUGCAUAAGUACAGACCCAAAAGUCAUUGCUAUAUACUAGGACUUGAGUCUGCUAUGCAAUGUCAAUGUUAAAAUUUUCCAGAGUUCAUUGUUCAGUAAAAUUUUAUACUGUUUAAUAGGUUUAUAUUUGACGAUAUUUGUCACAACAGUGUGAUCUCUAUUCUUUUUAUUUGCUGAUAAGCUUUGAUUCUCACUGUAUUAACAAAAAGGCAUAACCUAAAUGGCUGCCUAUCCAUUCUUUUUGAAUGCAUAAGUACAGACCCAAAAAUCAUUGCUAUAUACUAGGACUUGAGUCUGCUAUGCAAUGUCAAUGUUAAAAUUUUCC